AGAAAAUCUGAUCCCAUGGCUUCCUGGGUCCCUGGAAUUACCGUCCCUGUAUGAGGACACAUAACACAUGCUGGAAUGAGGUACUGCUAUGGCGUCACUCAGCUGUCCAGGGCUUGAACUCCAGCAUCUGUACCCUUUCUGUGAAGAACUGAUGAUGGCAUGGAUGCAACUAGAGAUGAUCAUACUAAAGCAUGAGAUGGAGUGGAGACUGGAUAAAGGAAUGAUUUUACUGCCUCCAGACAUGCCAAGUAUGCUCACACAAAGGAAGUUCAGGAAGGCUCAACGAAGCCCCACGCGGAGCUGGAGCUGACGGCACUGCACAAAGUCUUAAAACGUGAGUACAUGCUUGACCUGCAUCAGCAAUAGUGUUCAGAUCAAAGAGAGAAAGUGCACCCCCUAUAUCCUCUACAAAUCAAGCCUCACCUGCAGAUACGGAUCAAGUUUGGGGCAACCUACUUAAGGCCAUGAUGAAUCAUUCUUGAUACACGCCGAGUUGGCUAUUGUGCAUAAGUAAUUUGAAGCCAAGUCAUAUAGAGAGUGCUUGAAUCAGGUCUAGGGAGUCUGGUUUGGAGAGGCGUAAACGCAGGAAGGACGAGCACCUUUUAGCAGAAAGCAGGGUCAGGGAAAACUGCCACCGACUGCAGUUGCCUGGCUGCUCGCCUAAUAAGGAAGUGCGAAGGCGUGGCCCCCCCAGCGUGCCGGGUUGGCCUAGAACGCCGGAAGGGGCGGGGCGGACCCGAGCGCCGUCGGAAGUGGCCUGCGGGACGCCUUGCUUGCGGUCAGGCCUACGCGCGUUCCGUGGGCCCAGCGCGAUGGUGACGUUCCGUGACGCGUCAGUGGUUGCCGGCGCACGGUGUGGGCGUUCGGAGUCGGGCGGCUCCUCUCUUCGAAGCACCUCUGCUCGGGAGCGGGCGGCUGCGACUGCACCUUGGGCGGCCGUCCGGGCCGAGAACCAUGAGCCCCGGGGGCGCAGGCUGCUCCGCCGGGCUGCUGCUGACAGUCGGCUGGCUGCUCCUGGCGGGCCUCCAGUCAACGUACGGGAUCAACAUCACCGCGGUCCAGGAUCCCAGCUUGGCCAACGAGGGCGAGGACGAGGGCGAGAACGAGGGCGAGGAGGAGGCUGAAAACGACAGCGAGGCCGAGAACGAGCCCCAGGCUGAGGCCGAGGAGGAUGUUUCAAAUAGGACAGUAGUCAAAGAAGUAGAAUUUGGGAUGUGCACCGUUACAUGCGGUGUUGGUAUAAGAGAAGUUAUAUUAACAAAUGGAUGCCCUGGCAGUGAAUCCAAAUGUAUCGUACGGGUGGAAGAAUGUCGUGGACCAGUCGAUUGUGGCUGGGGUAAACCAAUUUCAGAAAGUCUUGAAAGUGUUAGGCUAGCAUGUGUUCAUACAUCUCCUGCAAACCGUUUCAAAUAUAUUUGGAGACUUCUAAGGCCAGACCAACAGGCCAUUAUACUUGCAAAUGAUUCAGCAAUCCUGGAGGUUCACAGGGAUACUCACCCCAAGGCUUUUGAGUGUGAAACCUUGGAUAAUAAUGAAAUAGUAGCAUCUAUUAAAUUCACAAUCUAUACAACAACUGAAUUGCAGAUGAAAAGAUCAAGCCGACCAGACACUGAUGCAGUCCUAGUUUUUGUUCUGACCAUAGGAGUUAUUAUGUGUAUAUUCGUGAUCUUUCUACUGAUGUUCAUAAUUAUAAACUGGGCGGCAGUCAAAGAUUUCUGGGGGGCAAAAGCUUCGACAACUGAGAUGCAGUCUGAGCUGAGUUCAGUGAGAUACAAAGAUUCAACCUGUCUUGACCAAUCACCAACAGAAAUACCUGGACAUGAAGAUGAUGCUUUAAGUGAAUGGAAUGAAUGAUGUAUGGAUGAUAUAUAGCAAACCAAAGAUUAGGGCAUAUCAGAUUCAUUAUUAUAAAAAUAAAAUAUAUAGUGAAAUACUUUA